AUGACAACAGGAAACCAAAGUUUGGGGACAGAUUUCGUGCUGGUUGGUCUUUUCCACUACGGCAGAAUGAAUGCGCUCCUCUUUGCUGCCGUCGUCACCCUCUUCUGGGUGGCUGUGCUGGGGAACGUCACCCUGGCCCACCCCAUCCGCGCGGACAGCAGGCUGCACACGCCCAUGCACCUCCUGCUCGGCCAGCUCUCCCUCAUCGACAUGCUGUACAUCUCCACCGCUGUGCCCAAGGCGGCGACGAGCUACCUGACGGACACCAAGGCCAUUUCAUUCUGGGGCUGCGAGAUGCAGACACUCGCGUUCCUGAUCCUUGGUGGGUCUGAAGCCAUUCUCCGGGGCUUCGUGUCCUAUGAUCGCUACGUGGCCACCUGCCGUCCUCUGCGCUAUCCUGUCCUCAUGAGCAGGAAGAUCGGCGGCUGCCUGGUGACGUGUGCGUGGUCAGGUAGUGCUGCCAACUCCCUGAUACCCACGCUGUAUGUCUUCCAGCUUCCCUUCUGUGGGUCUCGGCUCGUUAACCACUGUUUCUGUGAGCUUCCUUCUCGGCUGCCAUUGGUGUGUCAGGACACCUCCCAGUACGAGUACACGAUCCUCUUGAGUGGACUUGUUAUCCUGCUGCUGCCGUUCCUGGGCAUCCUAGCGUCCUACGCCCAAGUGCUCACUGCCGUGCUCCGGAUGCGCUCACGCACAGGGCAGACCAAGGCUCUUUCCACUUGCUCCUCCCACCUGACUGUGGCGAGCCUCUUCUAUGUAGCUACCCUCUCCACCUGCACUCGGCCACACUCCUUGCGUGACCCUGCCCAGGAUAAGGUGGUGGCUGUUUUCUAUACCAUCAUCACACCCCUUCUGAACCCGUUCAUCUACAGCCUGAGGAACAAGGAAGUGCUGGGGGCCCUGAGAAAGCUUGGGAUGAUGAAUAUUGGCAGAGACCAUGUGGCUUUAGGAAUCCCUUAG